CUUUUGGGGCCGCCAACGUAGGUAAAAGUAAAGGUGGAGUCUGAGUAUCUGAAAUCUGAAACAGAAAGUGCUGUUAAAAGCUAUCCCUUGAGUGGAUGUGUCAACCGUGCUCAUGACCUGGGCCCCCUAUUUAGCGGAGCCAAGGGGAGGCCUGGCCUGGCGGGAGGCUACGGCUGGAGAGCCGCGAGGUCCCCUCUCGCCGCCGCGCCGCGCCGCGCGGGUCGGGAUGCACAGCACCCCCGGGCCGGUGCCGCGGGAGGCCGCCCCCCGCAACAAGUGCCGGGUGCCAUGGCAACCACGGGAAUUUCCCGUUCGGGGCUGCCGGAAGUGGCCCCCGCCGGGCUAGCGGCUGCGAAAGCAAAAUCCAAUCCCUCUCCGGGGGGAGCAAAAUGGACGAAAGGCGACCCCCAGACAGGGGCUCUGGGUGCCUCGGGAAUCCCGGGAAUCCCUCCUCUUCGCCAGUCGGAGGGAACUAGAGGGAUCCGCAGGGCCGGAGACCGGCCCAGCGCUGCCCCCCGGGGGGCCUCGGCGCCGGGCGCAGGGCGCAGCAGACUAGCGCAGCGCAGCGCAGCCGGCUCCAUUCCCGGCCGCCGCCGCUCAGCCCAUUGCGCAAACCCGGCGGGUCCAGCCUGCCCCACUCGGCCGCUGCUGCUGGAACCCGGGAGGCGGGCUUGGACGCCUCGGGCAUCUACCGGGGGCUGGAAAUGCAACUCACUGCCUCUCCGACUAGACCCCCUCCUCGGGCCACCGGGGUUCUGCCCCCAAAGCUAGUGGCUGCCCCAGACUUGGGGGGAGGGGGAAGGGGAGAGGCUGGCGCCCCCUCCCCCUGUUGGCUCCUGCUCUCGUUGCAGCAGCUGUUGCCAAAUGAACCCUGGAAUGGGGACGAGCAGCCCACCCCCAGCCACACACGUCGCGCGGUCAGAAAACUGGGAAAGGGGGCGGCGGGAGGGCAGAGGAAGCCGGCGCCGGGUCCGAGGUUCUGGAAAGGCGAGAACUCACCUGCAAACAGGCAGUCCUUCUCGGCUCUGGACUUCUGGAUCACGACGUCGAUAUCCUUCUGAAUUCGCUCUUGCCUUGAACACAUCCCCAUUAAAUAAAUCCCUGGAAAA